ACUUCACUGGAACGUUGUGUCGGCUCGUUGCUAGGAGACGGCUGUAGCACUUGUUGCUAUAGGAAACCAGCUGAUCCAGAGGAACCAACAGGCACCAACUAUCUGAAUAUAUCUAUAAAUAUCCAUAUAUAUCUAUAUAUAUCUAUAUAUCCUACUAUUCAGCAGUAGGAUGUCUGCACUUCCUAUGAAGCCUGCUCUGCGCCACAGUGUGUCAGAGUGGGAAAGCAACAACCAGCAGCUGUCUGCCACAGCACAACAUGAGCGAUAUGUUUCUAAUGAGAUCCGGCAGGAAGGGAGGUCACUACGCAACGAGACCAACUGUAAGACAGCCUGGGAUGAAAGCGAUACCUCUCGCAGGUUGGGUGACCGUGCGUGGGAUGUUGCCCGGUGGAAAGAGGCGUUAGAACAAUGUGCACAGAAAGUGGAUGAAGAGAUGGAGGCGCUGACGCUGUCCAAAGAGCAAACGGAGCAGGCCCUGGCUGCGACCGCCGUUCCCCUGGAGGUCGGCAGCGAAUGCUUGACGCUGAGGGACGGGCGGCGAGGGUACGAGCUUGCCCAUGACCCCGUGGACGGACAGCUGAAAAAAGAAGUGGAGCUGAUUGAAAGCGUGCAGCAAGUUCUGCAGCAGCACAUAGACAAGGCCUUCGAGCAGCUGUGUGUUUUGCAGGAGAUUCGGCACCAGCUCACCGCUGACCUCCAGAACAAGAUGGACGCCCUGGACAUCGAUUUGUCCUGCCUGUCACUUACUACAAAGUCACCUCUGAUCUCCCUGAAGCCCAACCCAACUCGCAUACCAUCGGGUUCCUGCACCCCCCAGGAGUGGGUCCAGUUCAGCCAGUAUAACGUGGCUCGUGCCCAGGAGGCCAUGCAGGUGUCCCAGCAAAUGAGGGAGGACAUGAGUCUCAGCAGGGCCCAGCUGCAGAACGAGUUGGACACUCAGCGCCGCGCCACAGAGUUUGCUCUCCGUAAGCGCAAUCACCAAGAACAGCAGGCCCGAGAUGAGCUGGAGUGGCAAAUAAAAAAUACUGAAGACGAAAUGGCAGAAAUGGAGAGAGACAUCUACGGGCUGGACGCAGAUCUGCAGGCAAAGACGGCCUUCCUGAAACUGGCUCACACCCGACUGGAGAACAGGACCUGGAGACCUGGCAUGGACCUGUGCAGAGACGAGGUGCAGCACGGCCUCGUCGCUGAAGUCCAUCAGCUAGAGGCCACGAUGACGGCUCUGACACAGAAGCUUUCUGACGCUCAGCACUCUCUGCAGAAGAUGAAGCUCCAUCAUUGCCGCAUGUUGCAGGAUCUUUCCAGGAAACAGGAAGCCCUGUCUCUGGAACAACGCAGCAUGAACACCCGCACCCGCCUCACAUCGCCCUCCUGCACCGACAAAACCCCGGUGCUGCUGGUCCCACUCACUAACUCCAGUGGCAGGAGCAACCUGCUGCUGGCUCAGUAAGAUCAGAUGGUAUCCAAGGGACUCAACACGUACAUCAGGCUGAUUCAUUCAUUUUUAGCUUUGACUUCAUAUUUUUAAUCCUGCAGCCAAGAAAGUCUUAAAUGAGUAAAUCAUCCCCAUUACUGCUGAAGAACAAAACACUUUUCUGAAUUUUAUUUAUUCCAACAACGAACAUAUUCCCAUGACCUGUCUAGACCUUUGUGUGGUUAAUUUGCUUUAAGUUGUGUUGUGUUAAAUGAUCAGUUAUGUACUUUAUCUGAGUCUAUUUAAGUUAUACAAAAAAACCUGAGGAUUAUAUGCUUGUUUCCUCCCUUCCUCCCUCCUCCAAACAAAACACCACCAUGAUGGUCGUAACAAAAAUAUUUUAUAGAGCAAAAAGUGAUAAAAUUGAUUAAAAUAUUGACUCACCCCA